GCUCCAACCACUCUCUCUCCUCCCUCUCCCCCCCUCCCUCUCUCUCUCUCUCUAAAAACGCCCCCCCAAAAACCCUCGAAUCCAUUCCCCUCUCCCGAAAUCUCACCUUUGAGCUCAACAAUGGCAAGGACCCCCCUCCUCCUCUUCCUCCUCCUUCUCCUCCUUCAGCGCCACCUCUACGCCGUGGAAUCCGCCAUUGGUGUCAACUGGGGCAUGCUCUCCUCGCACCGGAUCCCCCCCUCCAUCGUGGUGGAUCUCAUGCGGGAGAAUCGCAUCGCGAAGGUGAAGCUCUUCGAUUCCGAUCCCGGGAUCCUUAGGGCUUUGGUGGGGAGCGGGAUCGAGGUCAUGGUGGGGAUCCCCAACGAGAUGCUGAGCACUUUGGCUUCUUCGCAAGCCGCUUCCGAUGUUUGGGUCGCCCAGAACGUGUCUAGGUAUUUGGUGAAAGGGGGAGUCAAUAUUAGAUACAUUGCGGUAGGCAACGAGCCCUUCCUCACGAGCUAUGCGGGUCAAUUCCAGUCUUACGUCCUCCCCGCUAUGCUCAACCUCCAACAGUCGCUAGCAAAAGCCAACCUCGCGGGCUACGUGAAGCUCAUCGUCCCAUGCAAUGCAGAUGCCUACCAAUCCGCGUCUCUACCCUCACAGGGCACGUUUCGCCCCGAACUCACCCAGAUAAUGACCCAACUCGUCUCCUUCCUCAAUUCUAAUGGGUCUCCCUUUCUGGUCAACAUCUAUCCUUUCCUCAGCCUUUACCAAAACUCCGACUUCCCCCAAGAUUAUGCCUUCUUCGACGGCUCUUCACACCCUGUUGUGGACGGCUCAAAUGUAUACUACAAUGCCUUUGAUGGAAAUUAUGAUACUUUGGUAGCAGCUCUGAAUAAAAUCGGUUAUGGGUCCAUGCCUAUAGCGAUCGGAGAAGUCGGUUGGCCGACAGAUGGUGCAGCAAGUGCAAACAUAACUGCCGCGAGGGCUUUUAACCAAGGUCUAAUCAGUCAUGUGUUGAGUAACAAAGGAACUCCUCUUAGACCGGGUGUACCGCCUGUUGAUGUUUAUCUCUUUAGUCUUCUUGAUGAAGAGCAAAAGAGUCUACUUCCUGGGAACUUCGAAAGGCAUUGGGGGAUCUUCUCCUUCGAUGGCCAGGCCAAGUACCCUUUGAAUCUCGGAUUGGGAUCGGGAGAAUUGAAAAAUGCCAAAAAUGUUCAGUAUCUCCCGCCGCGGUGGUGUGUCGCGAACCCGUAUCGUGAUUUGGAUGGGGUCGGGAAUCAUUUAAAGCUUGCGUGCAGCAUGGCGGACUGCACCACUUUGUACUACGGAGGGUCAUGCAAUGCUAUUGGGGACAAGGGUAAUAUCUCUUAUGCAUUUAACAGCUAUUAUCAAUUACAAAAGCAGGAUUCAAGGAGCUGUGAUUUCGAUGGGCUUGGGAUGAUAACAUAUCUCGACCCUUCAGUCGGCGAUUGCCGCUUUCUUGUCGGGAUCAAUGAUAGCAGCUGUUCUUCCAUCGGUUGCGGGAUUUUUUGCGGGCUCUGGAUUAUGACAUUUUGGGUAUUUAUGUACCUCAAAGUUUUGGGUUCUUUGUAAGGUUAGGAAACUCGGAAACAGCGUCCCUUGGCAGGAGUCGCAUGGGCUCCAUUUAUAGAAGUAGAAAUAGAUAGUGAUUGUUUCUGAUUUUACAUGUAAAUGAGUUCCAUUUCGCUCAUUGUAGACAUUAAAUUUAUGCCUUUGUUUUAUAUUCGCCGAAUUUAAGAUGUAACAGAACAGGAAUUUUGUCGGAUAGUAAGUAAUAUGUGUUAUUACAUGCUGAGACUUUACGUGCAA